ACCAAUGCCGCCUUCGUCUCUCUAUGCGCCGCCUCCUGCUCGAUAACCACUUAUACGAACAAUCGAAUCACCUGCACAUCCGAAUCAGCGAUCACGUCCGACAGCAACCGUUGACGAGCAAAAUCGACAAUCAUGCUGUUCUUCAGCUUCUUCAAAACACUCGUGAACCACGAAGUCACAGUGGAACUGAAGAAUGACAUUUCGAUUCGCGGGACGCUGAAGAGCGUGGACCAGUAUUUGAAUAUCAAGCUGGAUGAUAUUUCGGUGUUGGAGGAAUUGAAGUAUCCGCAUUUGAGCUCCGUCAAGAAUGUCUUUAUUAGAGGCAGUGUUGUGCGGUAUGUGCAUUUGCCUGCUGCGGCGGUGGAUACGCCUUUGUUGGAGGAUGCUACGAGGAGAGAGGCUUCACAAACUGCGGCGAAGGCGAAGGCUGGGUGAAGAAGCAGCCUGAGGAAAAGCGUGGACGGCCAAGAAUACACACUGGACAAAGCGGAUGCUGUGACAAGGGCAGUGAUCCGCGAGCGAUUCUGAAACUAAGACAUGCUGAGGUUCGUGAUCAUGAGCAGAUGGAUACCGUGGCUGCUGCGCCAACGACGUGGUCCUGGCAGAGCCGACGGCUCACCUCCAGACACGCAGAAGUGCCGCAUGUGCACUCGACGUGGCGCACAUACUGCCUCACUGUCGCUUCGAUGCAGGACUUGGAGUCCCACGAGAGCAAGACAAGAG